GCGGCCACGAUCGUUUCGACAUAUGUAGCGUGACAAGUCAUGUCGUUUUUGUCCAUGUUAUAUGAAAAAAUCCAAUGGCAGAUUCUUUCUUCGGGUUCGAUACUUCGUUAUCGAACUUAAAUGACGAUGAGGGAGCUGGUGAACCUUCAGAGGACGAGUACGAUGCGCUCAACGAUGAGACCUUUGGACAGGACUCGGAAGAGUUCGACUGGGAGGUGCAGCACGAGAAUUUGGCGCUUCUGGAUCGAGGCCGCCACCACGGCGGCAUCGACGACGCGGCCAACUCGCAGCUGGAGGCAUCUCUAUCCCAGCUAGUACUGGAUGAGACGGACGCGCCGCAACCGCGAACGCUCGGUUCCAACGUAUGGCGGCACGACGGGAUACCAAAACCUAUUACACCGGUGCAAUCGCUCAAGAAUGUAUGCACGGUCGAGGAGUUGGAGCGGCAACUACGGCAGAAGCAGCCGCAACCUAUCUCCAACCAGAACUUCUUCCAGCCAAGAUUCCAACCGGUUAUACUACAAAGACCACCGGGUCUCCAGGCCCCGGUACCACUACCAUUCGCCCCACAACAGCAAAUGAACCAACCACUUAACAAAAUAAUCGGCCAACCUAACCAGAUGCAGAACCAUCUGGGUCAAAACAUGAGCCAGAUGGGUCAGAACUUGAACCAGAUGGGUCAGAACAUGAAUCAGAUGAGUCAAAACGUGAACCAGUUCAUGCAGUCCUCGAACCAGAUGUUCCAAAACAGUAUGGGUCAGGGUAAUCUCAUGAAUAUGUCUCAAAACAUGCAGGGUAUGCAGCCUAAUCAUAUGAUGCAGAAUCAGAUGGGUCAAAACCAAAUGACGGCUAAUGGCCCUUUCAGUCAGAUGGGACAAAUAAAUCAGUCAAGUAACAUGCAGAUGAAUCAAGGCAUGGGUCAGAUGGGCCAAAAUUUACAGAUGGGUCAACAACCUAUGAACCAGAUGGGUCAAAACGCAGCGCAACUCGGCCAAAACAUGAACAUGGGUCAGUUGGGCCAAAACAUGAACCAGAUGGGUCAAAACCUAAACCACAUGGGCCAGAAUUUUAACCAGAUGGGGCCGAAUAUUAAUGCAUUGGGCCAGCAAAUGAAUCAGAACCUGAGUCAGAUGGGUCAGAACCUGAACCAGAUGGGUCCUAACGUGAACCAGAUGAAUCAGAACGUGAACCAAAUGGGUCAGAACUUGAAUCAGACGGGUCAGAACGCGAAUCAGACGGGUCAGAAUCAGAUGAUUCCGAACGGCAACCAGUUUGGGGGGCCUGGUAUGGGCCAGUACCCUCAUAUGAUGGGCCAGCCUAGGAUGAUGGCGCCGCCUGGCAUCAACAUGCCUAGGCAGAAUUUCAGCCCGAACAUGGCUCCUUUCAAUAACUUUCGCGCCCCAUCAAUCCAAUCGAAAUCAAACGAGCCUGUCAACCACACAAUCAUGAAUCAACCGAUCCUCAACAAGAACACUUCACCGCAGAAGCCUUUGGCGAACAGCUCGCCACAGACGAAAACUGUCAAGAAAGAACAACCUAAAGUUCAAAAGAGCCGAGUGUACAACAAUUCCAAAACGGUGCCCCAAAACUUGACGUCGCAAAACCUAGUUCAACUAAUACAGAAUACUCAUCCGAUGUUACAACAGAUGAGCACGAGUUAUCAUAACGCGAGCCAUCAUCCGAUGUUGAAUAAUCGGAACAUGUUCGGGAAUAAUCAGUUUAUGAAUAAUCAGGUGUUUAAUCAGAGGCAGAAUGGCAGUUUCAGUAAUAAUAUGCACCAAACGAAUGGAGAGGACGGCAAACCCAUUUCAACUGUAGACGAGUACGCUGGCCUGAUGACGCAGCGAGAGAAGCAAUGGCUGAUCAACAUACAGAUGCUACAACUCAAUACUGGAACUCCGUACAUUCACGACUUUUACUAUACGGUGUUCUUAGAAAGGCAAGCGAGUAAAGAAAAAGAUUCCGUGAAAGAAGCACACAAGGCGAACCAACAGAAUCAUCCUUUCUACAGUGGGGGCAGUAAUUCGGUGAAGCAAGAAAACCACCCACACGGGCGCGAGAGACACAACUCCAACCGCCACAAUUCCACGAGCGAGGACGCUCCCACACCGCGCACUUAUGUCCCCACGCAGUUUGAGAACUCUCUGGGGAAACUGCAGUGCGGCAGUGUGACGGCGCCGCGCAAAAUCAUCGACGUGGAAUUAGUGGGGGCGGAGCCCUCGCGCGCCUCGUCCAGGGCUCCCAGUCGGGCCAGCACCACCAACCCCAACGAGGUCCCUCGAGAGCUCAAAAGGACGAAACAACUCCUACUGGACAUCGAAGCGCUGUACGUGAUUCUACUGAGGCUGGAGGAACUCAAUGACCCACUGGCCAUCUCCACGGCGCUUGUGCUCAAGGAGAGAGAAGAGAAGCAGAAACAGCUAGAAGCAGCGCAAAAAGAGCUUGAAAACGAGCAAGAGGAUGAAUCCAACCUAUUCCUAAAGAACAUCGAGAGCGUCCAACGCAGGCCCAAGCAGGACAGCCCGAAGAGCGAAAGCGUCGACAAAAGACAGGUGGUGAACUUAGCGGUCAGCCAGAAGCCGCCCGCCAAGAAUUUGCUAGACGAAGACAAAGAGGAGCUGGUCGGCAAGAUGUUCGCCGGCUUGCUACACGCUGACCGUCUGCAGCAGGCACUGGCUGUUAGGAAGGGACGGACGCUGGUAUGCCGUUUUCUAUCGCGCGUGCCCGCGACACACGCGCGCCUGCGCUCCCUAUGGGCACGCGUUUUGCGCGCGUUGCCUUCAGUUGCACGACGCGCUGACAACGCGCUGCAGCCGCUACAACCACAUUAUGCCAGUUACAUGCAAGCGUCCACAGGCUGGGCGCCGGUUUUGGAGUCGUGUGCUCUGCUAGCAGAGGCUUUGGAACCCGCUAGGACUCCAUACUCGCUCACUUCUUCGUUCACUCUAAGCUGCAUAUGCUCACUAAUAGAACGCGCGUCUACCCUCGUUAACACGCCCGACGCCACGGCCAACGAGCGCCAAUGGUCAAAAUUCCUCAAAACUGUGGCCAGAGCGCUCAAAAAUACCAGUUUGACCGUCGCCAGGCCGGUCAAACCUUUGCCAGAGGUCAAACUGAUGUACCAUCUGAAGCAACUAGAAUCCAGGACGACGAUUGAGAUCCUGCAAAGAGGUAAAAGCGCGGAAUUUGUUGAUGUGACCAAAAUUGAUGUUCAAGAGCAGUUGGUCAAACAUUUGUGUUGAUUGCGUGUUGGUGGCCAGUGUUGGCCGAGCGAGCAUUGUUGGUCAAGUAAAUUGUUGACCAAUAUUUGGAUGUUGGUCAAACUUUUGGUCAAAGUUUGAAGCAAAUGUUGGCCGUAAAACUAGCUGUUUAUAUGAACCAGUCAAGGAUUGUCACAAAUAAAAAUUCUUGGCCAUUCGGGACGAGAAAAUUGGAUAAAUGUAAAGUUUGACCAAUACUGGAUAAGUUUUGGUCAAUGUUGGACAACAGUUGUUAUUGUGGGAUAAAUAUUAAGCGAAAUUGGACUCUGUAACUGAAACGCGAAG